AUGCUCGCUCAAACGGUCACUGAAUUGGAUGUAACCUUCGUGGAGCAGGUCCGAGAUGAAGUGGCACUGGGCAUGGAUGCGUUCGACAUGAUCGCUUCCAUGGAUGAGCCCACGAGUGCGAAGCAGAUUACACUUUCUUCCUAUCUUCUCACAGUACUAGAGAGGAUCGCACCCCGUCUGGAAGCUUACUAUAGCUCACUCUCGCAAGAAUCGAUCUACCGCCCCGAAACCGAGAAGAACCCUGCUCUAACACGAUGGAACAAUGUCCGCCGCAGGAUAAUGGAGGAAUCUUUCUUUGUCGUCGCUAAACCUCCGGACAUAUAUUCCGGCGAGGGGCUAUCGAUGGGCCGGCCUCACUAG